AGUGGAUUUGCAUGUCCGGCUGUCUGUGCCAAUGGGCGCAUGGGAAGGCUGGGUUAGCGGGUGGAGCCGGAGGAAGCAGCCCAUGCGGAGAAGGAUUUUGUGAAAUUACCCAUUUCAGAUUAUUCUGGUGUAUAAUAUCUUUUCUGUCCGGGGUCCUGGAUUUACUCAGAGGAGGAGCGGGGAGCCGAUCAUCCGUCGUUCUCUUGGCAACAGGGAGCACGUGACCCCGGAGAUGAACAAGCUUCGUCAGAGCCUGAGGAGGAAGAAAGGUACCUGCUUGCCAGAGGCCAGCAGACCCUACCAGUGGCAGGCUGAUGAGGAGGCAGUGCGAAAGGGCAAAUGUAACUUCCCUGUUCGGUACCUGGGGUUGGUCGAGGUGGAGGAGUCCAGAGGGAUGCACGUAUGCGAGGAGGCAGUGAAUAAACUCAAAGUUAGUGGGAAAAAGACGGUCAAAGCAGUGCUGUGGGUUUCAGCGGAUGGCCUCAGGGUGGUGGAUGACAAAACCAAGGACCUCAUUGUGGACCAGACCAUAGAGAAGGUUUCAUUCUGCGCUCCUGAUCGUAACUACGACAAGGCCUUCUCCUACAUCUGCAGAGAUGGUACUACCAGACGGUGGAUGUGCCACUGCUUCAUGGCUCUCAAAGACUCGGGGGAGAGGCUGAGCCAUGCUGUCGGCUGUGCGUUUGCUGCAUGUCUGGAGAGGAAGCAGCGCAGGGAGAAGGAGUGCGGCGUGACAGCUUCUUUCGACACCAUUCGUACACUGUUUGUUCGUGAUGGCUCCUUCCGCGCCAACUCCUCCAGCAGCGAGGACAAAAUGCAGGACAAGAAGAAAGACCAAUCCUCUGUCAUCCCAGUCCUCCCACCUGGCACCGCCUCCCCACCCGAGGGUGCAGCAUCCCCCAUGGAUCGGUCAGCACCUGGCGGACCACAUGCCAUCCCCCGCCGCCACGCGCCCAUAGAGCAGCUGGUACGUCAGGGCUCGUUCAGGGGAUUUCCUGCCCUCAGUCAGAAGAACUCUCCCUUCAAGAGGCAGCUGUCACUCCGCCUCAACGACCUGCCAUCCACACUGCAGCGCAAGACAGACUUCCAGACCAAGAACCCUGAAAUGGAUAUGGGGUUGCCAGGUGAGGUAGAUGGUUGUAUUAAUGUCCUAUGUGGUCAGAUGAACGCCGCCCUCACCAAGCCAUCAGACGAGCUCUUCUCCAACCCCUCUAUGUCUGCGAAUGGUCCUCCACCCUGCACAGUGCCCCCCGUCCUGCCCCCACCACCUGCACCUCCGCAGGCCACUUCUUCCUGGGUGCAGCCCGAACCCCUACUCAACUCUCCUCCUCCUGUUUCGGUGGCGAUGCAGAUGCAAAUGCAGAUGCAUAGUGGACACAGACGCACACCCUCCGAGGCAGAAAGAUGGCUGGAGGAAGUCUCCAAGGCUGUCAAGGCUCAGCAGACCCCUCCUCCAGGUCCCGCCAUCCCCGCCAUCCCAGGACCACCCUCCGUGUCCAAUCAGCAGAUGUCCAGUCAGGCAGCUGUUGUGACCACUGUCUCUCUAGUCCUUGGGACCAUGUCCAAACCUCUCAUCUCGGGUCCCUCUGUUCUCUCAGGUCAGGCCCAGAUGCCACUCCAACCCAUCUCAAUAUCAUCAGUUCCCCUAAUACCAGGCCCUCCAGUUACAAACCCCCCUAUGUCUCUGCCUUCAAUGUCCAUUCCCACAAUGUCCGGCCCAAGCAUGACUGGGGCACCCAUGAUGCAGCCCUCCAUCCCUCAAGGCUCCCUUCCCAGCUCCAUGCAGCCCUUCCCCCUGGCUUUUGAUGCCACUCCAGCCCCUGUGGGAAUGUUCGCCAGUCCGCCUGUCCAACCGGCAUUCGUGCCUAUGCAGACCUACAUGCCAGGCCUGGCCAGCAGUAUGACCUAUCCCAAUGCCAGUGUGCCUGUGGUUGGCAUCACACCAUCUCAAAUGGUGGCUAACGUCUUCUGCACCGCCACAGGCUCAUCUGGUGCUGGGGGAGCCAUGGGCUCAGUAGUGGGAGGACCCAAAGUGGGGGCACUUGGAUCAGUGGGACCGCACCAUUCUUACUCAGGAGCACCGAAUGUAGUUGGGGACACUGCAGGGUUUUCCACUCCACCACUAUCAACAACAAUUAAUGGCCUCCCACCACAAAGUAGCAUGAUGGACCUGCAGAAUGGGACUCCCAGCAGUGGUAGCAGCUGGCCGCCAGAGGGCAGCCAGCUAACAGCUCCAGCACCCAUUGCUCCUCAAGAGGAUGAUCGUUUUGAGGCCAAGUGGGCGGCACUGGAGGCCAGGCCAGCGCCUGGCAAUAUGGCGCCAGCUGCAGCCCCCAACCCAUUUUCCAAAAAUCUUCAAAAGUCUUUUGAGAUUGAGCCAGACUUGUCCUCCCAAAGCUGUAGCUCUAGCACUGGAAUUAAAGCCUGAAGGAGCCUGGCUCUAAUUCUAGCAUCUCUGCUUAGUGAGAACAGGAUGCAAGUCCUUGAGGUUAGCCUCGCAUCUGACCUUUGGCAGCCUAGCAUCUUGCUAAAAGCCCUCAUAGGAGUCAAUGCUAUUAUGAUAUUGAUUGCUUUCUUUGCACUCCCUUGAGAGUUUUUUGAAGUUUGCAGAUUGCUUGGCUGCCAUUGGAAAACCAGGUCGGGUUCACUGGACUUGAUGGGCUAUAUCCAUUCACUCCAUCUGCUAACCACCUCCCCUCCCUGCUUUAACUUCUCCACUCUGGCUUUGCUUUACCUGCAGCGGGUCCCUGGAUGUACUGUAUGUGCCUCCCUGAGGGGAAUGGGGGUGGCUCGGCUCAGUGGUUUCUUUCUUUGAAAAGGGAACUCCACACAGAUGCAUUCCAAACCACAUAUGAGAUGUUAUUUAUCUGGUGGAGAUUUGGAGGAGAGUUUAGCGGAUAUGGCUACAACACAAGACGUGCAGAGAAGUAGAGAAGCAAUUUGUUGACUAGUGAUCGGACCGAGUCUGAUCUUAGCCAAGCGCAGCAAAAGUUUGGAUACCUGAAAGGACUUGCCAAUGAUGUAAGACGCAACCCUACCAACCCAAAAGGACUUACUGACUAACAGUAGAGAUUUAUGGCCAAAACUAUUUUAUUUAUUGUAUUUCUUUUUUUUAUUUCAACAAGUAAUAUAAGUAUACAUGAAACUUAAAUCUUUACAGCAGCGUUCCAGGAGCUAUAUUUAUUAAGUUGCACCAUAAAAGGAGGGAAACUACAGGUAGCAGACAGGUAUCAGGGCAACAGAGAGUCAUGCAACAGGAACCACGUAGCAAGGGCUGACGGACAGUUCAGCAGUGUGUAGUGCGACAUGUGACACAGUAGUGUAAAUAGCAGCAUGUUUCUUCCACCCGUCAGCCUCUCACGUAUAAACGCUUUACUGCUGGUGAGGCCAAUGUGGCUUCACUUUGGCUCUGUGCCCCAUUUCUUUUACAAAGGCGUAACAUCAAGGGUUACUGGGACAUGAAAAAUCACUUCAGGAUAUACAGCACUCAGACACUCUGGACAAUACAGCACAGCAGUCCAACAGGACUCCAUCUUCUCCCAAAACAUCCGAGGAAUGUUGAUAACUCAGCGGAAACAAACAAAAAAUAUCUUUAACACUGUGCAACUGCUUGAAAAAAUGAUGCACUAGAUUCCUACUCUCAUAGAUCCUUUAAUAUGUUCAAACACAGGGUAAAGUCUCCAUGUACUAUAUGAUUUUGUAUUCUCCUCUGUGUACUACUGUGUCAGCUGCAGCAGUACUGCACUCAUUACAAAUCUGAGGGUUGUUUACCAGAGGUAAAAAGAGAAGAGGAACAUGAGCAGUGUGGACUGAAAUUGUUAUUAAUUUUUAAUGCAGAUUUAAAAAAUUGAGUAGACAGGUGGAAAAGUGAAUCUGGAGGAGCUACAAGGAGAAUGCUAGAGGAAACAAAAAGGGAUGAAAUGUAUGUGAAAGACUGAAAGAGAGAAAAGAGAUAUACCUUUAAAAAGGAGAAGGAGGAAGUCUGGGGAAAGAAAAAACGAUAUAUUAUGUGAUGAAAGAGAAAGCGAGAGUUAAGACUUAUUCAUUGUGUACUAUUGUGUACAUUGUAUCCUACAAUGUAAUCAUUUCUGACUCUUUCUUUCAUCUCUCUGCGUCAUGUUCCUCAACUCUUCUAACCUCACAAACAACACGUUUAAAGAAUGUUUUUUUAUUUUAUCAUGAACAAGAUUCUUUCCUCAGUAUGUGCAACUUUUUAACACUUCUAAGACAACAAAGCCUUCUGUAUUUGAACUCUCAGUUUCUGGAAUGAGUCAGCAAACUCAAGGGCGAUUCAAGAACAAUACAGAGUGAAAACUGUCUUUAAUGAAGGGCUCUGUCUCAUACGAUUGCUCCACUCUCUCUGAAAACUGAAAUCUGAACCAGAGAUGCUCUUGUUAUGUUCCCUGGUAAUUCAAUUGUAUGGAUAUGAACUUCCACUGAUUAAGUUUUCUGCUCAUUAACUCCCCACAGUUUAAUUAGCUUAUUGGGUCUCUUCCUGUGGCAGCGAGCCCGUCCGACAGGCUGCCUCUCAGAGAACAGAGAAUGUGUGUGUCUCUGGUCCUUUCAGGGUUUAGUCCUUUUGUUUUGAAACAAAUCAAUAUUUCUUCCUGACCGAGCAAAUCCAAAUCUCUCUUUCUACCCUCGUCUCUCGACAGGACGAGCCUGACUCACGUAUGAAAUUACUGCUUUUAUUUUUUUGAAAGUAUAUUUUAGUCCUCGACUCUUGUUUGCACGCCCUCCAAAUUAUAAAUGUAGGUUAAUUGUGUUCCACGUUAAAGCAAACUAAAUGACCUCAUAAACUUGAUUGUAAAACCAUAGUUUAGUGAUGGUAACAAAGCAAACCAGUGGAAUUUAUUUUUAAUCUUUAUUUACAGAUUUUUUGUAUUUAAACCUACAUAUUUGUAUUGUAAUUACAUUGUACAAAAGAUAAAUAAAGUAAUAUAAUAUUACACAUGCU